AAUGGAAUGAUUGAUGACCAAUAAAACCAACGGACUGCGACGAAUGUUAUCAUCAUUCCGCAGAAAAGUUGAAGGAAGUCAGCCUCCGCCGCCUCCGCCACCUCCCCCUCACAUACUCAUAACUCGUCUUCUUCAAUCUUCAUCACUGUACUCAAAUUUCCACCAUUACAGACGAACGGAGCUCCUUCUUCCACUGCGUUUUUGUAUUUUACAUUCUCACUCUCAAUUUGGUUUGUGGGUUUCAAUCUCUGUUCUCAAAUUCGCCCUUCUCGAACUCUCCAUUUCCAUUAAACAAAUGGGUGAAAAAGAAAAUUAAAAGAAAAAUGAUGAUCUGAGAGCUCGAGGGGCAUGAUUCUUUUCGAUUCUGAAAAGCGAGUCGCUCCCCUUUUUAUAAGAUUCUUUAGCCAUUUGUGAAAGGAGAUUCUUGAUUCCUUCGUAAUGAUUCCGAUUUAAACGCCCCCUUUUCAAAAUCGCUCUAAAAAGCCUCAAUGUCUCUUGCCCUUUCCCCUUCCUCUUGACUUCAAAAUCAAAACCCCUUUUCCAAAUGGACUUAUAAAUGACCUCCUAACCCACACCCUUCACAAACUUACCUCCUUCCGGGCCACACCCAUGGAGACUCUGUACCCAUCUUCCCACCUCUCCACUUCCGCCUGGUUCCUGCUUCAUAAUCCAACCACAAAGUGGACCAAGGAAGAGAACAAGAUGUUUGAGAGCGCCCUCGCUAUAUAUGAUAAGGAAACGCCUGACAGAUGGCUCAAGGUUGCGGCCAUGAUCCCUGGAAAGACUGUGGGAGAUGUGAUUAAGCAAUAUAGAGAGCUUGAAGAAGAUGUUUGUGAAAUAGAAGCUGGGAGAUUCCCAAUCCCAGGUUAUGAUCUCGCCUCUUCUUUUUCGUUUGAGUUCGGGGAUGAUCGAAAUUUCGAUGUGUAUAGAAGGAAAUCUUGUGUUGGUAGGGGCUCUGAUCAUGAAAGGAAGAAAGGGGUUCCAUGGACAGAGGAAGAACACAAGCAAUUCCUGAGGGGACUUUUGAAAUAUGGAAAAGGGGAUUGGAGGAACAUUUCAAGAAACUUUGUGAACUCAAAAACACCAACCCAAGUGGCAAGCCAUGCCCAAAAGUACUUCAUGAGGCAGCUAUCAGGAGGGAAGGACAAGAGACGGCCAAGCAUCCAUGACAUCACGACCGUGAAUCUCACAGAAGCCACUGCAUCAGAGAAUGAGAAACUGUUGCCUUGUUUGGAUCAGAAUGAGAAGGCAGGCUGCUAUCAAAAGGUGUUGUUUGAUUGGAAAGGAGCCACCAACGGGGGACUGCUCGGUUUAGGACCUAACUAUAGCGAUUGUGUUGUGUCAUUCCCAUCUGGGAUUGUUGCAAAUGGAGUAAAGAAGGAGCAACAUCAUCGAGAACUGAAGGAUGCAUAUUAUGGAACUUACUCCAUAUUGCAUCAAAUUUACAGAUAAGGUAGAUGCAUAGCAUAUGGAUGUUCGUGUUUAUGUUGGGUCGAUGUAAACGCCAAGUCCAAUAAUCAAUACUUCUUUUGUGAUGUUAUGUUUAUGAAGAUUAAAAGGUUCAUAGAUUCUGUUGUUGAUCAUUAAAGACAUGUAUGCCAUAUGAAAUGGAAAGCAAAAAAAAACUUAGCAUUUGUUCUUGGA